CGGACUUCAGUUUCGCGUUGUACUCGGAUGGAAACGGUUCUGCCCCUCGAAACGUAGGUACGCAAGGAUACGCACGUCACGCCGUUGGUAGCUCAGUCGAUACGAUACGCUAGCCAACGCUGGUCUGGCAAUUGGAAAGUGAAACGGAGUGAGGCUCAAUGUGUAAGGAUAAGUGUGCCAUCGUUUCAUCGAUUUUUGUACCGUGUGCUGGUGCAAUAAGUAUCGGCUGUUUGUUUUCGUCCGCUAGUCGAGUUCGAACCUGUGCAAAGUUUUGCUGAAGUUUUUGUGUCCAGAACCAAAGUGCCCGAAAAAAGAAAAUUCGCCACAACUCCACAUCCUGACGUCAAAGGGCAAAGAGCCAAAGUUACCUCAGCUCGCAAGAAGUGUUUGAAACAGUGAUUACAAAUGCUCAAAUAUCAAUCGAUUGAUGUAUGCGCCAGUGAGUGAGUUAGUGAGUGAUGUAUAGCUUCCCGUUACAGCCAGCAAACGGAAGCGUAUUCCGAGUGAAUGUUCCAAGUGGCCGCCUGCCACGGUGUCAAUAGUCGUGUCGUCAGUCCAAUACGGGUCUUCCGUUCCGUUGCGCACGUGUAUCCCCGUCUGCGGAAAACUCGACUGCUGGCCAGCAGCAGGUGAAGCGUUAGCAUUGUUCCAGUUUUCGAUCCGGAAAAGCGCUCGGCACGACGCUGUUUUGAUGUCAUCGCCGUAAAACGUCAUCAGCUUCGUUGGUUCAGUUCGUUCGGUUCGUGCAGUGCUGCUCCGGUGGCCUGUCCUUGUUAGCGGGUGCUCGGGGAGUGAGUGAGUGAGCGGGCUCACAUUGUCAGUCCCGUACCGGGUAGGUGGCGAAUGCAGCAGGCAGGGGCUAGUGAAAAUAUGGUGUGCCAACCAUCGAACGGUGUAGUGAAUAAUUUACACAAAUCGCGAAAAGUAUGGAUAAAAGCUCUGUUCAUUAUACUCGUGCUGAAUGCGCAUGUGCUUGUUGUGACAUCGCAGCAGCAGCAGCAGCAGCAGCACCAACACCAGCAUCAGCAGCAGCAACAACAUCAACAGCAGCAGCAGCAGCAGCUUUUGCCGACAAACCUACCAUCACCGCAAAAACGAGCCGGUAACACUGCCGAUGGCGCCAAGGACCAUUGCAACAAAACUGUCGAUAUCUACGAGGACAUCUCAUCGCCGGAAGUGACUAACCUGAACCGAAACCGACCACUAACAUGCUGGUACCGGUUUCGCAGCUUCCGCGGAGCGCCACGCGAUUGGGUACUGCGGUUGAACUUUAAAAAGUUCAAAGUAGGAACGCUACUGAAUGCGACGCACUGCGAUGGCGGCUACUUGCAGAUAGUGGACGGCAAUGCCAAAACCGAUGUGUCAAACCGUAGAGAGCCGGGUCAAUUUUGUGGCGAGUCGGAGCAACCGCAAACUUUCAUCAGCGAAACAAGUGCCGUCAAAAUAGUCUUUCACACCGAUAAUUUCACCGACCAGACAUAUUUCGCGUUCGACUCUGGUGCCGAACAACAAAUGGAAGUAUUCAACCGAUACGGUCCCCACCCGGAACUUUAUCCGAAUCGUCGCGGUGAAGUGGUUCAAGGAUCGUACUGCGAGCGAGAGUUUCGCGACUGUCGACUGCAGACCUGCUACGUGCAAUCGCCCGCUUAUCCAGGAAUAUAUCCGCGAGCGCUGAAGUGUCGCUAUCGGCUACACACGCGGCUGCCUUUCAUCAAGCUCUACAUCCAGAACGAACAGUUUGCGGUGGACGGCCAGAGGUGUGAAAACAUCAUGACAUGUCCGAUGAAGGAGAUAGGGUCCGGGUCCGAACACUGCCCGUACGAUUGGCUGGCGGUGUACGAUGGACGGGACGAGCACGCACCUCCGAUCGGCAAAUUCUGCGGGAUGGGCAAAUUUCCCUUCAGUAUUAUUGGAACAUCUCAGCAUAUGUAUGUGGAGUUUGUAUCCUCGCCCGCUGGACCACUGCUCAACACCGGGUUCCAUUUCAAUGUGGGUAAUUGGCCCGGGCAUGUGGAAACGGUCGGUACCAAACAUGGCGCAUGCGAUUGGCUGCUCAGUUCGGAUGCUCUACGUGCCACCAGUGCCUCGGAAGGCAUCUUCCUCAGCGUGGCUCACUGGUAUCCACCAAACACCUCCUGCAGCUACCACAUUCAGGGCAACGAGGACGAGGUGGUGCGCCUUUACUUCCCGAGCUUUCGAAUAAAUCGUAUCGAGGCACCGAUCAUCAAGCACGAGGAAGACUGUGCCGAAUCGCUCACGAUCUACGACGCCAACAAUCCCGAUCCGGCCCGCAUUAUCAAAACGUUCUGCGAUACGUUCUCGCGGCCAAUGGAGAAGAUCGACUUCGUGAGCACAGGUCGCUCGUUGUACGUAAAGUUCCUCAGCAAAACAGGCUCGUACAGUGGCAGCUCGCUGUACUACUGGGCCCACUACGACUUUUUCAACAACACAAAGUUUGGUGACCCGGUACCGAACACGCUCUGCGAUGAGGUGUUCUACGCGUGGAAGUAUAGCCGAGGAGAGCUGAAGUCUCCGCGGAACACACUCAUCUACAAGCGAGCUUCGGGCAGUGAUGUUCGCUGCCAGUACAAGUUCAUUACGGACCGGCGUUUGUUUUCGCGUGUGGUGGUCGAGGUGACCUCGGUGACAUUCAAGGAGGUGCCGUACUCGAUGAAUGCCUGCACGCGCUGUCACGAGGAACGGGUCGAUAAGCUCAUUCUGUGGGAAGAACGGGACAAGAGCCAGAACCGAUUGGCCUGCUUUUGUGAUAAUAUCCCCCGGCCAGUACGAAUCAUUUCUUCCGGAGAUCAGAUGAACCUGGAGCUUAUCAUCCAGGGGCAGCACGCGACGACAAGCUACUUCAAAAAUCCAAACACUCUGUUCGAGGCGAACUACGAGUUUGCUCACGGCCCUAUCUGCGGUCCGAUUACGUUAGGCCCGUCGCCCGACGGGGAACUAGUGUUUCCGUACAAAAAUGCGCUAGGAUUCCAGCUGACCGAAAACCGUAAGGAAAAGUGCAUCUGGGAGCUUAAGGUGGCGGCUCAGCGCGAUUUAUGGCUUCAUCUGGACAAGGCACGGUUCGCUGAGCGUAGCUGUGAGCAUGGUCGCAUAGAAGUGUAUCUUGCCGGACGGCUUGAGCCACGCUUUAUCAUCUGUCCGGAGAAUGUAAGCCUGGCGAGGGAUCUACCGAUACUGUCGGCGGCGGAGCUGGGUGCCGUGGAGAACGAGAAUGAACCGCUGCCGGUAUUGAUUCAGUACACCGGGGACAGUGCCAUUGGUAAAAAUGCUUUUAAAUUCGUGUGGACCGAACUGUUCCAUCUACCUCGGAAUGCCGACGGCACGCUUGCAACGUCGGCCAUGUUUAAGGACAGCUGCGAUUUCUACUGCCCCGGCGAUCAGCACGUGUGCAUACCGGAGUAUCUGCUGUGCAACGGCGUACUAAACUGCCCGAACGUGACCGGCCUGCGCGUGGUGGAGAGCAACAUCGACAAAAACUACGAGUACAUCGAGGAAAAUUAUCUACGCACCGGACUGUUCGACAAGGAGUUCCUGCUCAACAUCGAGUAUCUGACGGACGAGUCGCCCGAGCUCUGCCGGACGAAAUACAUACCGGGCAGCAGGCCCGGCCAGGUUGAGCUGCCGGACGUAGUAGAGUGCUUCCAGUUUCCGGUCGCGCAGAUGGUUGUCGCCGGCAUCGUCGUCAGCACGCUCAUCAUUCUGGCGUUCGUCAUCUACUGCCGGCUGUACGGGCAGAAGUACUACGAAUGAGAGGAACCGCACUAGCGCUGGCUGUAGCGUCCCUGCUUCCGGUCCACACACUAUCUCUGAUGGGCAGGUAAGUUUAGUUUAGGUUCUUGUGUGUGUGGGUGUGUCUCUCCUUUUCUCUCCCGACACCACUUUCACUUCGCUCCCGUUCAUAUUAGUUGAUCAGCAGUGGGGUAGACGCAACGAGCGAGCUUACUGUGUGUUGCGCAAACGAAACUAUAGUUACAUAGCGAGGGCACACCAUGUCACGUAGGACGGUUUUUAGUACCAUAGAAAACACUCCACUUCUUAUGAUCUUACUUUAAGCACUAUUUUGAGAACCGUAGUACUUUUGGCGCAAAAUUUGACGGAACUUGCAUCGAGGCAUUUCCCCAUUGGUUUUGGUGCAAACGUUCAAUCCUCACAAAACGGUGGUUCAUUAUAAUGACCCAUGAUGGGAAACUAACAACAUAAAAAACAAGCCGUAGAAAGUCAAGUUCGCACUACCAAACUCAGUAGAAAAAAAACUCAGAUGGGAAACCGUUUUCUGCACCAAUUGAACUAGUUUAGGGAAAGUUUUCUUUACCUUUACUUGGAAGUAAACAAUAGUACCGGUUCGAUUCGAUUCCGAACAAGUUACAGGCAGGGUUACAAAAACGAGGGAAGAGCCGGCAAAUUGUUGGAGACAACUGGUAAACUUUAGAGAGCAACAGAUACAAACAGUUGGCAAAAUGCACCAAUACGUAUUGCCGGGUAGCUUACAGAACGGUGCGCGUACAGUGGAAGGUGUGACGAAUCGUUUCAUUGAAACGAGUAUUGUUGAAAGGCGUGUGUUGGUGAAUGACGUUAAACAAAUAGGCAAAUAAAAAAUGGCAAUUCUUUACGAUAACGAAAAUGAAUUAAAAUAAAACAAAUCUUUGCACAACUUGUACAUAGGUAAAAACAAAUGAAAAAAAACUAAGAAAUCCUAAUUAAGAAACAAAACAAAAACACUCACAAAUAAAUAAGAACCAGCGUGGACUUAGGCCAAAGUAGGAAACGUAAGGGAAAGCGAACACGAUUCAACCGGCAAAAGCGGGGAAAUCCGUAGUGGAGUCACAAAUCUAGGGAAUAUUAUGAAUCAAUUUCAAUUACUAUAUACAACGGUGGCAGGGAGGAACACAGUGAAAGACAAACACUAAACGGAAUGCCAUAUAUUCAGCGUAGUACAUUGUUGGAGCGCAGGAGCCGUGGAAGCUGUUUAACGAGUGCGGUUAAGGCGUAAAAAAUAGAACGAAAAAUGUUAUUAAAUUGAGUAUGUAGUGAAUGUGUGCGAUCGGGCGAUCCCCUGUUGGGUGCAGGUGAACAAUAAAGAGAACUGGCAUGUGAAUGCCGAUAUAACGAA